GACUUUUGGUAUAUCUGAGUCAGUGUUAAUUAUUAUCUACGUUGUGAUGGGAUUCGAAAAUUGAAACUUGAAAGUUUCCAGUUCAUUCUGAUUCACCAUUUGCCAUUCUUCUAAAGGUAGAUGUUCAGAACCCAAAUCUCUCCUAACACAACAAAUUCUAUUUCCUAUCUGAUUUUAGGUUAUGAAAAAUAGGAUCUUAUGUGGUAAUGAUUUCUAACUUUUCAAAGCACUGUUAUCUACAUUAUCAUAUUUGAUCCUUGCAUUAUUAUCCCCAUGUUAUAGGCAAGGGGACCGAGGUUGAACAAGGUCAACUGACUUCUCUGCAUAAAUGGGACCUAGGGUAGGACUUCCUUGAACAGUUUGACCCUGAUUUUCCAGAUGGAGGAUUUUGUUGGUUAGAACUCAGAUUGAAAAAUUGGUGAGCAGCAUGUUUUGCCCACUGAAACUCAUCCUGAUGCCAGUGUUACUGGAUUAUUCCUUGGGCCUGAAUGACUUGAUUGUUUCCUCCCUUGAGCUAACAGUCCGUGUGGGUGAUUCAGCCCUGCUGGGAUGUGUUUUCCAGAGCACAGAAGAGAAGCGUGUGACCAAGGUAGACUGGAUGUUCUCAUCAGGAGAACACGCCAAGGAUGAUUAUGUGCUGUACUAUUAUGCCAACCUCAGUGUGCCUGUGGGGCGCUUCAAGAAUCGUGUACGCUUGGUGGGGGACAUCUUACGCAAUGAUGGUUCUCUCCUGCUCCAAAAUGUGGAAGAAGCUGACCAGGGAACCUAUACCUGCGAAAUCCGGCUGGAAAGGGAGAGCCUAGUGUUCAAAAAAGCUGUGGUGCUGCAUGUACUACUGGAGGAACCCAAAGAGCUCAUGGUCCAUGUAGGUGACUCGACUCAGCUGGGGUGUGUUUUCCAGAGCACAGAAGAGAAACGCAUGACCAAGGUAGACUGGAUGUUCUCAUCAGGAGAGCACGCCAAGGAGGAGGUUGUGUUACGUUAUUACCCCAAACUCAGUGUCCCUGUGGGGUACUCCGAGAACUGGGGCCGCUUCCAGAACCGUGUAACCCUGGUGGGGGACACUUCCCACAAUGAUGCGUCUAUCUUACUGCAAGGAGUGAAGGAGUCUGACAGAGGAAGCUACACCUGUAGUAUCCACCUGGGGAACCUGACCUUCAGGAAAACCACCGCGCUGCACGUGAUCGUGAAAGAGCCCCGAACAUUGGUGACCCCAGUAGCCCUCAGACCUGAGAUCCUGGGUGGUAAUCAGGUGGUGGUCAUCGUGGGGAUUGUCUGUGGCACUAUCCUGCUGCUUCCUGUUCUGAUAUUGAUCGUGAAGAGGACCCACAGGAAUAAGAGCUCAGUAACCUCCACAACGCUGGUAAAAAGCCUGGAGAACAUAAAGAAGGCUGAUCCAGAGAAACAUGUUUACUCUUCAAUAGCCACACGGGAACAGAUGGAGGAGGAAGAAGAAUCCAGUGGAAAAGCAGAGGCCACCUACAUGACCAUGCACCCAGUUUGGCCUUCUCUGAGGUCAGCACCCAGUAACCCACCUGAAAAACGUCAGCUGGGGGAAUUCUAAAACCAGAGCAAGACCUUUGAGAAGAAAGGAGAGUUCCUUUUGCGCUUAGCGUGGCAGAGACUCCUCUGUGUGUCCUGAGUUACUGGAUGGGUUGUUCCGGGACCCCCCCCCCCCGAGUUAUUCUCCUGCCUCCUUGGUCGAAGGGCUGAAGAAGAAGGGUUCAGAGCCCGGCAGAAAGACGGGACAGUUGGGAGGGACAGGCCCCGACGGAGCGAAGCAUGGAUGCUGUCCUUCGGGAGCGGGACGCUGGCCCUGGGGAUCCUGGCCGAGCGGCCACGGCAGCCUCAAGCAUUCCAUCAGCUCCUCAGCUUGGAUGGUGUUCUUCAUGGAUGGGUCCCUGGGAAGAAUUGCAGAAAUAAAAACCAACCCAAAUGAUUCCUUUGGCAAAUCACCCCUAAAUAAAUGUGGCUUGUGG